GGAGGAGAGGGAGGGGAGGAGAGAGAGAGACUGAGACUCGGAGGUGCUGAAGACCCAGACAGAGCUGGGAGAGGGACCGAAUAUAGGACUGGAGCGCUCCGAGAGCCACUCAAGAUCUUUUGGAGGAGCCCAAUAAAUGUGAACAUGGGGUCUGUCACUGGAGCUGUCCUCAAGACGUUACUUCUGUUAUCUACUCAAAAUUGGAACAGAGUCGUAGCUGGGAAUUCCUAUGAUUGCGAUGAACCUCUGGUGCCGGCCUUGUCUCAGGCAUCAUUCAGCAGUUCGUCCGAGCUCUCCAGCAGCCACGGUCCUGGAUUUGCAAGGCUAAAUCGAAGAGAUGGAGCUGGGGGCUGGUCUCCGCUUGUCUCAAACAAAUACCAGUGGUUGCAGAUUGACCUUGGAGAGAGAAUGGAGAUCACCGCGGUGGCCACCCAAGGGGGAUAUGGGAGCUCCAACUGGGUGACCAGCUACCUGCUGAUGUUCAGUGACAGUGGCAGGAACUGGAAACAAUAUCGACAGGAGGACAGCAUCUGGGGUUUUUCAGGAAAUGCAAAUGCAGACAGUGUUGUGUACUAUAGACUCCAGCCUUCCAUCAAAGCCAGGUUUCUGCGCUUCCUCCCUUUAGAGUGGAACCCCAAGGGCAGAAUCGGAAUGAGGAUCGAGGCGUUUGGAUGCGCAUAUCGAUCAGAGGUGGUUGAUCUUGAUGGAAAAAGUUCCCUUCUCUACAGAUUUGAUCAAAAAUCCUUGAGCCCAAUGAAGGAUAUUAUUUCUUUGAAAUUUAAAACCAUGCAGAGUGAUGGGGUUCUACUCCACCAGGAAGGGCAAAAUGGAGAUCACAUCACGUUGGAAUUGAAAAGAGGAAAGCUCUUUUUACUUAUUAAUUCAGGUGAAGCGAAACUGCCCUCCACUCACUCCCUGAUCAAUCUCACCCUGGGCAGCCUGCUGGAUGACCAGCAUUGGCAUUCUGUGCUCGUCCAGCGCCUGGGCAAGCAGGUCAACUUCACCGUGGACGAGCACAGGCACCGUUUCCACGCCCAGGGAGAAUUCAAUUACCUGGAUCUUGAUUAUGAGAUCAGCUUUGGAGGGAUUCCAGCACCUGGAAAAUCAGUGUCAUUCCCCCAUAAAAAUUUUCAUGGUUGUUUAGAAAAUCUCUAUUAUAAUGGAGUGGAUAUCAUUGAUUUGGCCAAGCGACAAAAACCACAGAUCAUUGCUAAGGGAAAUGUGUCCUUUUCCUGUUCACAACCGCAGUCUGUGCCUGUGACUUUUCUGAGCUCUGAGAGUUACUUAGCACUGCCAGGCUCUUCUGGGGAGGAAGAGAUUUCUGCCGCUUUUCAAUUUCGAACCUGGAACAAGGCAGGACUUCUGCUCUUCAGCGAACUUCAGCUGGUUUCAGGGGGUCUCCUCCUCUUUCUUAAUGAUGGAAAACUCAAGCUGAAUCUCUACCAGCCAGGAAAAUUACCCAGUGACAUCACAGCAGGUGCUGGAUUAAAUGAUGGGCAGUGGCAUUCCAUCUCCUUAUCUGCCAAAAGGCAUCAUCUGAGUGUGGUGGUGGAUGGCCAGCUGACUUCUGUUGCUCCUUCCCUGGGGCCUGAGCAGAUUUAUUCAGGUGGAACCUAUUAUUUUGGAGGUUGCCCUGGCAACAGCUUUGGAUCCAAGUGUAAAAAUCCGCCUGGUGGAUUUCAGGGCUGUAUGAGACUCAUCUCGAUCAGUAACAAGGCUGUAGAUCUGAUUUCAGUUCAGCAGGGGUCCCUUGGGAACUUCAGUGACCUUCAGAUAGACUCAUGUGGAAUCACAGACAGGUGUUUGCCCAACUAUUGUGAACAUGGCGGUGAAUGCUCCCAGUCCUGGAACACCUUUCACUGCAACUGUGCAAACACUGGUUACAGGGGAGCCACUUGCCACAACUCUAUCUAUGAGCAGUCAUGUGAAGCCUAUAAGCACAGAGGAAAUACUUCAGGGUUUUACUAUGUAGAUUCAGAUGGAAGUGGUCCCCUAGAACCAUUUCUUCUAUAUUGCAACAUGACUGAAACUGCGUGGACCAUCAUACAGCACAAUGGCUCUGACUUAACAAGAGUCAGAAAUACCAAUCCAGACAACCCAUAUGCUGGGUUUUUCGAGUAUACGGCCAGCAUGGAGCAACUCCAGGCCACAAUUAACCAUGCGGAGCACUGUGAACAGGAGCUUACCUACUAUUGCAAGAAGUCACGGCUUGUAAAUAAGCCAGAUGGAACCCCUCUGAGCUGGUGGGUUGGAAGGACCAAUGAAACACAAACUUAUUGGGGAGGUUCUUUGCCUGAUCCUCAAAAAUGUACUUGUGGAUUAGAGGGGCACUGCAUUGAUUCUCAGUAUUACUGCAACUGUGAUGCUGACCGGAACGAAUGGACCAAUGACACUGGAUUCCUUUCUUAUAAAGAACAUCUGCCAGUAACUAAGAUAGUGAUUACAGACACAGGCCGACCGCAUUCUGAAGCAGCUUAUAAACUGGGGCCUCUACUCUGCCGGGGAGACAGGUCGUUUUGGAAUUCCGCUUCCUUCAAUACUGAGGCUUCCUACCUUCAUUUUCCUACUUUCCACGGAGAACUCAGUGCUGAUGUGUCUUUCUUUUUUAAGACAACAGCUUCCUCUGGGGUAUUUUUAGAAAACCUGGGGAUUACUGAUUUUAUCCGCAUAGAGCUACGCUCUCCAACAGUGGUGACUUUUUCAUUUGAUGUGGGGAACGGACCUUUUGAAAUCUCCGUGCAGUCCCCCACUCGCUUCAACGACAACCAGUGGCACCAUGUUAGGGUUGAAAGGAACAUGAAAGAGGCAUCCAUUCGAGUGGAUCAGCUCUCACCGAAGACGCAACCAGCUCCAGCUGAUGGGCAUGUCCUUCUACAGCUCAACAGUCAACUCUUUGUGGGUGGAACGGCCACCAGACAGAGGGGCUUUCUGGGAUGCAUUCGGUCUCUGCAGCUGAACGGAGUGGCCCUGGACCUGGAGGAAAGAGCCAAGGUGACCCCCGGAGUGGAGCCGGGCUGUAGAGGGCAUUGCAGCAGCUACGGAAAGCUGUGUCUCAAUGGAGGCCAAUGCAGAGAAAAGCCCAGUGGGUUCUCUUGUGACUGCACCUUCUCUGCAUAUGCAGGGCCAUUCUGCUCAGAUGAGAUUUCUGCAUAUUUUGGAUCUGGCUCAUCCGUGAUUUACAAUUUCCAGGAAAAUUAUUCCUUAAGUAAAAACUCCAGCUUCCAUGCUGCUUCGUUUCACGGUGAUAUGAAGCUGAGCAGAGAAAUGAUCAAAUUUAGCUUCCGAACAACACGAACACCGAGCUUACUGCUUUAUCUGAGCUCUUUUUAUAAAGAAUACCUUUCAGUUAUCAUUGCCAAAAACGGAAGUUUGCAGAUCAGGUACAAGCUAAAUAGGUAUCAAGAACCUGAUGUGGUUAACUUUGGUUUCAAAAACAUGGCUGACGGGCAGCUUCACCACAUGCAGAUUAACAGAGAAGAAGGAGUGGUCUUUGUAGAGAUUGAUGAGAAUGCAAGGAGACAAGUCCACUUGUCAUCAGGUACAGAAUUCAGUGCAGUCAAAUCUCUUGUACUGGGCAGGAUUUUAGAACACAGUGAUGUGGACCAGGAGACAGCGCUGGCCGGUGCACAGGGCUUCCAGGGCUGUCUCUCGGCAGUGCAGCUCAGCCACGUGGCCCCUCUGAAGGCUGCGCUGCGCCCCAGCCGCCCAGCCCCCAUCACUGUCUCAGGACACGUGACGGAGUCCAGCUGUGUGGCCCAGGCUGGCACUGACGCCACAUCGAGGGAAAGGACACAUUCCUUUGCAGAUCAUUCUGGAACAAGAGAUGACAGAGAACCCCUAGCUAAUGCAAUCAAAAGUGACUCUGCCGUCAUUGGAGGUUUGAUAGCCGUUGUGAUCUUUAUCUUGCUGUGCAUCGCGGCCAUAGCUGUUCGCAUUUAUCAGCAGAAAAGGCUGUACAAAAGAAAUGAGGCAAAAAGGAACACAGGCACAGAUUCUCUGCUGCGGGGUCUCUCACAAGCCUGCAGUCAAGAUACCAACCAGAGCUGGGGGCUCAGCGGAAGGCUCCACCGGAGAUGGAUCUGCUUCCAAGCUCAAGCUCCUUUACCCGCUUGUCGUGAGGCUUCAUCUCAAGGACUGUUGGGUUGAGGGCCCUAGUUCCUCACGAGCCGUUGGCUGUAGACUGCCCUCAGUUACCUGCCAUGUGGCUUUUCUUUUGUUAUGCUUCAUCAAAGCCAGCAAGAGGCAGGGUCCGCUAGCAAAACCCAAGUGACAAUCUUUUGUAACCUAAUCACAGAAGUGGCAUCUUCUCAAAGUUAAUGAAUCUGUUGGAAGCAAGAUAGUCAAGUGGUGGGGAUUACCAAAGGUUUUGAAUACCAAAAGAUGGGAUUAUUUGUGACCAUCUUAGAGGCUACCUACCUCAAUGUGUAUGUGUGUCCUAUUGUAUGCCUGUAAUAAGUCCAAAGGAUAAAAAAUAAAAUAGUUGCUUGAAUGCGAGUAGAAAGGGGAGAGAUAGAUGACUGUUUAUUCAAGUUUCUUUUAUUCCCUUUGGACAUGUAAAGCCUGGGUUUGAGAUACCAGCUGGGCCUUCAAUUGGUGAUAUCCGAGAAUGAGUCUGAGGACACAGCAGUCCCCCCAUUAUCCGCAGUUUUGUUUUCAGUUACCCACGAUCAACAAUGGUCUGAAGAUAAGGUACAGUAAGAUAUUUUCAGAGAGAGAGACCACAUUCACGUAACUUUUAUUGCACUAUACUUUUAUUGUUCUAUUUUACUAUUUGUUAUUGUUAUUUUCCUACUGUGCCUAGUUUAUAAAUUAAUCUUUAUCACAGGUAUGUAUGUAUAGGAAACAGCAUGGUAGAUAUAAGGUAUUACCCACAGGUUUAGGCAUCCACUGGGGUUCUCUGAAUAUAUCCCCCGUGGAUUAGAGGGGACUACUCUAUAUGAAUUUGGAGUUCAGAGAGAAUCUGGAACUGGAUAUAAUAUUUGGAGUCAUGAAUCAGGAGAUGAUAUUUGAAGCCAUGAUCCCGGUUCAGAUCACGCGGGAAGGAGGCUUGAGAGAAAAGAGAAGAGGUCUCAGGUUUGAGUCUGGGGGUGCUUUCUUUUGUUCCUUUUAAGAACAUAUGUUGGUAAGCCACAAAAUUGCCUACUAAAAAUGUUUCUUGUAAACAAAAAUGUUUAAAAGCACAAAAUACUCAAAAGAUGGAAAAUGGUAAAAAAAAAAAAAAAAUUUAAGACAAUGGUACUGUGAUUAAUUUGAAUUUGGUUUACCACUCAAGAGUCCACAGGUUCAAAUAUUAUCCAGAUUGACAAUUGAGGGUAAAAAUUCAAGAUUCAAGAGUUCAGAAAAUAGGGAAGUGAGUGGAGAAAAGCAAGGAAUUAGAGCCAAAAUGGCUGAUAUGCUUGGUGUAAUUCUCCACCUUGAAAAACCCAUGGGCCCUAUUUAUCUUCAGCCCAUGGCUAUGUCUCCUGUCCAGUAUGACCCUCUCAGAUCUGAAGUUAUUCAGCUCCUGUUUCUUCCACUUGCUCCCAGAGCAGGUUAUUUUCUAGAAUUUCUUUCUUUGAGAUACAGUUAUUUUUAUUUCCAUAAAUGCGUAGUCAUGAAUGGUACCUGACCAAGAACACACAGAAUACAAGUAUCAACUGUGUCUGAAGGAAAAAAGAAAAGUUUGAGUAAUAAACUAAAACAUCCCUGAACUUCAUCUAUUCCACUGCCAAAUUGAGGAUUUGGAGUAAAUUACCUUAAGAAUCACUUGAACCUUUAAGAUUUCUGAUACUCCUUUCCUGAAAUGAUAUUAUUGCCUCCUCAUAACUACUGCUAUGUGACUACAAUUGUAUAUUUUACAGAAGAAUUUACGCUAAGUAUAUAAUUAGAAGGAACAGUGACAAUACAUCCAUGGCCCGUUUUGGAGAAUAAAUCUAUCUUGGCAUUUUUCUACUCUCUGAACUUGGUUCUUAACAAACAUAACAUGAUAGAGUUAAUGUACAGUAUCUCCUAAUUAUAAGCACUGCAUGAGAAUUGAAACGUUCACGUAAGCAGAAUAGCUGAAAAAUCAAUAUGUUCUCUGUGGUUCUAAAUGUCAAAGUUUAUGGCAGGGUUAAUUUGGUUAUAAUAAAGUGAUCAUAAAUGGUGAAAUUUGCUAAAUACUAUACUCUAACAUGGGGAAAAAAAUCCCUAGAGGAAGGGUUGCUAGUGCUGGUGCUAAAAUAAAGCAUGUCAAUUAAAGGUGAUGAGCGAUGGGAAGCACCAGGCUCAGAUGAAGUUCUGAAGCCAUUGAAAUCUCUUUGGUACCCACCCUGCAUCCCAGUCUCUCUCCCCCCAUCUCCUCUGCAUUGAUCCCAGGAAUUCCUCUCCACUAGAAUUAAAUACUAACCACUGCUGAGGCUGAGGCAAGCCCCUGUGUGCACAACACUCGCCCAUAAACAGCACACCGGUGGCCCCCCUCAGCGCCCUCCGCACCCCCAUCCCCAAAUUCCCACACACAUCCUUCACGCGGUCCCCCUCGUGAAUACCCCUCCCCUGUGCCUCUCUCCUGCAUUCAUAUGUACCCUGUAAGUGCCUCCCCUACACGUGCCCUUUACCCCCAGAAAUACACAUCACCACCCAGGGACACCUACACAACAUGCACUCACACGUACAUUCACUAACAGACACACACAUCUGCACCCACACCUGCUCCCAACAUGCACGUCUAGACUCCACUUGGCCACUCACAUUAACACAUGUGAACACACACAUCUGUACAUACAUGCAUACACACUCAUGCACACAUACGCGUGCACUUGAAGAUUUAAUAUGCUUCUUAGGAAAGUUUGCUUAAUCCAAAACUACAUAUUUCAUGAAAUCAGAAGAAUUGUGAGUAAUGUGGCUUACACAACUAGAGCCUUUGCUUUUACCCAUUUUAGAUGUUAGGCUAAAGCGGUGUGUACUAUAUAUCCCACAUAUUCAAUAAAACUAAGCUGCUCCGGUAUGCAUUUAAAUUAGCUUUUCAGUUUCACAUAAAAAUAAGAGCUGUGAAACUACCUUGUCAGCAGUGGUUUUAUAGAAUCCUCUGUCCAGGUGAAAGUUAAUGCUCCUUGAGUUGACAUACGGAGCUAAUUUGAUGGAUGUAUGUUCAAAUGAAAUAUGUCGCAAUGAUUCAAAGGCUGGGUAACGCUGAUAUACUAGCUGGUUGGACGGUAAUUUUUUUAUAUAAAUUAAAUUAUUUUUAUGAUGUAAGUCCUUAGGGACCAGCACCGGGAAAACUUGGAAAUUGAGACAAUAAAGAUAAUGUUUAUUUCAAAAGACAAAUAGUACUGUCAGUUUGACUUGUAUUUACUAAAAUUAACAUGAUAAUAUUAGAUACACCUAUAAUUUUUUGGUUACAUCUAUGUUAAUAUGGGAAGCACAGAUUUAUUUUGUCAUGGAAACGUUGUAUUUAGGUGUUUCGUGAGCAAUGCUUAUCCGGUGCUCUUGGUACCAUGUUUACUACAAUUUGCAUAAAGCAGAAGUUAUUCUAUCACAGGUAUUCUUCCUAAAGACUUUACCACUUGAAAAUUGGAAUUUGUUGAGAGGUAGCAACUCCUUCACAGACCAUGAGCACACAAUAAUAGAUGAAAUGGAAUGCGUUUUAGUCUUUAGAGAUUUCUGUGGGGUAUUAGAAAUAAAAGACUACUACUACUACACUGAAAGACACAAUGUCAGGAGACAUUUUACUAAACUCUCACAAUAUAUUUAUGGCUAUGAUGAAGAAAAUUAAACUGGAUUAUAGCUGGGUUAAUUGAAAUCGUAUAGCCUUUCCUUUAGUUCUGAUUGUCAGCAACUAACAACAACAGGAUGAGUCGGACCUGUAAUUUACACCAGUAGAAGUCAGAUAUUUUCAUGUCAUAUUGUAGUUGUUAUAGAUAUCUCAAGAUAUAGUUUAUAUUCAUCUCUAGAAACUAGUUAUUAGUGUGCCAUGAAAGCUUGUUAGUUAAUGUAAUAAACAUACAUUUUUAUAUAAUAUUUUGUUGUCUAUAUAUCAAUAUUGUUCUGGGAUGAAGUUCACAAACUUUACUGGACUGCCAAGGAGGUCUGUUGACGCAACGUAGUCAAGAACCCACACUCUAAAUGAAUUCCUGAAGACUUUGCCAUUGAUUCAGUUGUUUUUAACAGCAAACAGCUUGAUUAAAAUGUAGAAAUUAAAUUUAUCAAAACAAUGUAGGAAGUUACUUGUGAAGAGUCAAAAAUUGUAUUUCAGAGAGCAGAAGAUCAAUGGAGAUAGAAAUAAAUAUUCUGUGCAUAUAAACCACCAAUAAAGAUUUAUACUAAUUAAGUAUAAGUAAGGCUUAAAAGCAUCCAUCUUCGAGAAGACUUAGGUGUUUCCAUUAACUAAAUUGUCCCAACUUAGUCUUAAAUCAUUAUUUUAUAGGGUGGCAAAAGUUAGACGAACAAGUGUUUGAAAAUGAGUUGGAAGAAAAAGAGAGAGCUUAAAUAUCAGAGUGGAAUCUUAAACCAUACCAUGUAUCACAUACAUGACCAGUUUUAGCCUAAUUGGCAUGCAGUCACUAUGUAGAAAACACAAAGAAAUGUAAUCUUUAGGGGCAUGUUAUUUAACUCAUAUAGUGUUAAAUUGAUACGUAAUUUUUUUUCUAUUGAUAUUGACUUUAGAAAAAUAAAGGGUAUUAACUGACCCAAAAAAGCAUAUCCCAUGAUCAGAUUAUCAUUAAACACAGCCAAGAUUCCUCCACAUUUAUAGGGAGGUGACGCAUGUGUGUGUGUUAGUCAUAUAAAAUUGAAGCAGAAAAUGUUUGCUAUUCCAAAUGAUUUUAAAUUGUUAUACUUGUAUUCAUAAUAAAUAAAUAUCUUUCAUUAGUGUGUGAUCCUCAUCUGGUUAUGACUUCUUGUAGGUUUUAAAUAUUGUAUACUCAAAAUGUUAAUAAAGUCCAUUUUUUUGAGAAAAUUUCAAAGAAGCAAUGUAAUGAAUCUUUGCAUCAUCUAUUACACAUCUGCUUUUGGAAAUUAAUUGUCUUUAAGCACUUAAUAUAUUUGGGAAGCAAUUUGUCUAUUAAUAGCAUUAUGAGAUUUUAAUAUAAAUUCAAUUUAUACGAAUUGUGCUCACUGUCAAUUGCUACUGGAUUAAAAGUGUGAUUUGAAUGGGGAUUAAAUAUUUCACAGUUAUAUAAAUUGUGAAGAUAAUGUUUUCCCUGCCAUGAUAAUUUCUGCCUGUUACCUAGUUUUUUUCUUAAAGUUUUUAUUUUUAUUAAAAAUUUCUCUGUAAAUAACUAUAAUCGUUGAUACCUUUGACUAUCCUUAAGACUGUUAGAACAGUUAGUGAUAGCUGUGUUAUUUAAACUAUCAAAAAAAAUGCGUUAGAUUCAUCCAGCUAUGUCAACCCCCAAGUAGCUUGAAGAUGUGUAAUCCUGUUGGGUGUCUGUACUCUGCUGAAUUAACUAGAUGUGGACUGUGAUGGUCAUAGCAAUACAAUAUGAGAGAGAAUUGGGCUGUAUGCAUAGUGUGAUGGAGAAGGACCAAGACAUACAAGAGGCAGAAGCCAUGCUUGUAAGUUUUGCUUUUAAAAAAUGUAGACCAAAACACGUCAAAUCUUCCCAAAAUUUUCCCUGAUAAACUAACUCCUCACUUCUCACUACCCCUUUACUCUAUAUCCAUACUCUGUUUUGUGUACUACUUAAAACUGCAAGCUUUCUUAAUGAUUUUAUUCUCUUAUGCUUUCUCUUCAACAGAAUUCUAAAGUCCCAUAGGGAUGAAUUGUGUCUCUGUUAUGCUUCUGUUUCUCUCAUGGACAAAAUGGAGGCCCCACAUUGCAUGGUGGGAUCUGUUAAUAAUGAGAAGGCAUGAGUGGAUUGGUGAAAGAGCAGAAACUGUGGACUGUUUGGGGACAAAAUCUUCAUACACAUUCUCAGACUCUCACUAAUGCCUUCUUCUUUCUCUCUUUCUUGGUUGUCAUUCUCACCCAUGCCGGCCUUUGAAAAUAAGUGUGAGAGGUGGGCUUCUAUGUGGCUGUCAGGGGAUCUGGAGGACAUUAGUUUUCCAAAAGGGGAAACCAAUCAACAGGAAAUGGGAGGCAAGAAGGAGCCAAAUAGACAAAUUGCCACUGUCUUCCCUUCUCCAAGAUGAGAUUCCCCUUUGCAACACUUUUGGAGAAUUAUCCAGAGCUGAAUGAACAUUCCUGGGAUCUGCUGUAUCAUUCUGUGGAUCAGGGUGAGGCAAUAGCCAUGUCAUUGCAGAGCACCUUCCUUGGCCUCACUUUCUUUUCUCCUCCUUUCCUCGACUCUGAUCUCACAUUACCCAAAUAACAUUUGAGUACCUAAAUCCUUUCCUGAGACUGUUUUCUAAAGUUCCUGGACUAAGAAAAUUUGUGCUUGAAUAUUUUUAAAAUACACAGCCUCAGGAUGGGUUUUAAGAUUUGCAGUGCUCAUCUGAAUGAAAGUGAUAGUGACCAUACGGCUGGCCAUUAAGUAGGGUGGUCGUAAUCCCUAGUAUGCCGUGGCUGGGCUGACUUGGAAGGAGGUACUAGCUCAUGACACUACCCUAGAAGACUAAGGAAUUCUUGCUAUACUUCAGGAUAAUGGAAGAGAAUGGUUUUUGACAGAACUUACAGAAAGAUAUGACAAUCUCGGGGAGGUCAACUGCCAAUUUAAGACAUGUUCUGAAAGCCAGGGGGCCUCAAAUGUGGCUCCGAGGGGUACUCUCCUGCCACCUCACAGAACAACAUGCUGAAAAUCAGGCUCUGAUUAUAAGAGAGCAAAGCUGCAAACAAAACUAAAUGUAGAUUUCCUUUGUCAAAGUCAGGGCCCUGGUAGGAAAAAAAAUGUACUCCCUCAGACUUGCUUGGGGAUAUACAGGUGGAUAAACACAAGACAUUUGUAUCUUCGGAAUUCCCUGAGUCCCUCCUUGCCAAAGGAGAUUAGCUUCCCCUUGCCUGGAGACCAUGUGAAGACCUUACUGAAAGCGGGUGCCUUGCAGGAUGAAGCUUUUUCUGCCCUCACUGCCCCUCAUUGCCUCUGAGUCAAUAACCAGGGUCAGUUCUCGAUCAUGAAGUACCAGCCCUGCUCCUGGGGGAAAAAAGCCAACACAGCAAAGUGGAUGCAGGAUCUUCCUAAUGUAUAUCAACCAGAACUGGGGGUGCAUGGAGAGGAGUGAAUUUUUAAGGAUUUUAGACAGAUAGUAUGUAUUGUGUGUGUGUGGGGUCAACAUAAGACUGAAUUUGACAGAAUUCGUUGACAUGAACACACUCCCAUAAGUCAAGAGUUAACAUUUUAGUAAAAACAUGCAGCUGAUCCUAAUAGUUUUCUUUGAUGGCACCAUGGAGCUUAAUCAAAUAAUAGUCUUCCAAAUAAAUGAAAUGAAAAUAUCUUUACAUAGUGAAGAAGCAAUUAGAAAAUUCAGGGAGGUGGGAGCGUUCAAAUGAUUUAUGAUGUACAGCCAUGCUUCGCUUAACAAUGUCAAUGUUCGGCAAUUUCAUCAUCAUGUGAACAUCAUAGAGUGUACUUACACAAACCUAGAUGGUACAGCCUGCUUCAAUGUUCGGCAAUUUCAUCAUCAUGUGAACAUCAUAGAGUGUACUUACACAAACCUAGAUGGUACAGCCUGCUACACACCUAGGCUUUAUGGUACUAAUCUUAGGGGACUACCAUUGUUUACAAGGUCCGUCAUUGACCAGAACGUCGUUAUGUGGCUUGUAACUGUGUAGUCUGUCCCUACAAUCUGAUAUAAUUGACCUGCCCCGCUCUAAGAAACUCCUUCUUUGAAUGAUUUGAGAAAAGGAUGCAAGAAAAAGAGGGCCAACCAAUUUCUUCCAAAAUGCAAAUAGUAAUGGUAUAGUAGAUACACCAAAUAAUCUCUCAAAGAUUUCUCUCUUUUUGAAAAUAUAUUUUGCACUUGCAAGGUUGAAAAUUCUGAGUUCUGCAGUGACAUCACCUGGAGGUGGGCUGUGAAAGAUAGAAGGUUGAGACUGAGAUUGACCUAUAAGCCAAUUAGCAAUUAUUGGCCAAUGUAUUAAAAAUUGAAAAACAAGUUAUAAAAUUAGAAUAUGUAAGUAAUUUUCUUGAAAUGAGUUCCUGACUGAGUCAUUAUAUCUGACUUCCAGUAUUGGUUCUGUCAUUAAAAAAUUAGGUGAUUUGUGGCAAAUUGUUUCACUCAACUUAUUUGUAAAAUGAGUUAAAAUUAAACUAUUUUGAAACUUUUUUGAUAGAUGUUAUAUAGCAUCACAUUUAUGAACUAUGAUUCAUGUUGAAGUUAUUUGUGUGGGUUGAAAAUGUCACUGACAGUCACUAGUAAAUCAGGUUUUAAGGAGCACAUCACAGAACCAAAAUGGUUUCUGAGAUCCCCGAGGAGAGCUAAGAUCAUGUGGUUCUCUGAGUAAAUUUACAAAAUCAGCUUUUAAAAUGUGUUUUGAAAUACUAGCUCUAUGGAUUGAGUCAUUGAGUGCUUUUAUCAGCAAAUGUGAGUUAUUCCUCAAGGACAGCUUGCUACCUUUUGUGCUAUCAUUAAUCUACUAAAGAUAGAUGCUAUCAAAGUCUACUGCUUACGCUAAAGUGGAAAAGACCACAUAUGUUAUUAAAUAAUCUUUCCAUAAAAUAAUUGCUGUUGAAUUUAAACAACCAGCACAUAAAUUAUGUAAUACACUGGGGUACAGUGCUCCCUCACAGUUUUAGACAGCCCAGUACAUAUUGGCCAGGUAUGUAGGCCUACUUUACACAGCUAUAGAUCAGAAUAGUUAAGAAUAUUUCUGUCAUCAGCUAAAAUGAAGUUCAUAUUAUUUCUAAGAAUAGGGAUACAGUUAUUAUGCAUCUCUGCAUGGAGUGAUCACUUAGUUCUUGAGUCUUACAUUUAUAUUUAUAAAUACAAUCAUAAUAAUUAAACUUAUACUGGUGUUGACAGAAUUUGUCAAGAAAAACAUUUCCAGAACUACAUUCGUUAACGUAAUUUAUUUCAUUGGUUCAUAUUCCAUAGAGUGAUGUGAAAUUAUUUCAUUUUUUCUUUUUAAUUAUAUCUUCCUGAAAGUAUUUUCAUUAAGACCUUUUCUGUGUAGUUAUACAACAAAUUUGAUUAAUAUUGGAAAAUUUUUAUCUAUAUCAAUCUUACUGAUUACUGUUACUGGCCUUGUGAAUUUCUUUAUGGCGGCUAUGUAAUCCAACUCAAGUUACACAGGGCCAAAUUUUGCAGUUAUAUCAUUUUUCCUAAUUUCCAACUUUGUGACGGCCACUACACUCUACCUCUAUGUGCCAUUUAGCCAAUUAUCCACUCUCCCAUGAUUUUGGGUUGGAAUAUGCUGAUGAAGACAAGCACAAGUUUGUAGUGAGACCUUGUUACAUUAGCGGGAUUUUUAACAUCCCAGCUAUUACUCUUCUCUCCUAAUAAUGGUGCUGCCUUUCUGUGGCAGUAACGCUGCAGCGUUCAUGUAAGCCAACAAUAUUGCCUGAAGUCUCUCUUAUCAGAGGCCAGGUAGCCAUGAUGUAGGCAGUUGUUGGGGUCAGAAAGAACAGAAUGGAAUUAGGGAAACUUCUUUUUCUAAAACUGCUAAUUUCCUUUCUAACAUUUGAUCUGUUUUUAAUCUGGCUAAAAUUGUACUAAGGCUCUAUCAAUAACUUAUACCAUUAUUUCUCAAAAAAUAUGGUUAUAAAUGGACAAGAUAAAAUUAACUUAUUUUUGAAGCAAUCUAUUUGUUGCUUAAACUUGCCUCUAACAAAAUUUUAUUAUUAUUAGGUGGUAUUAAAAUUAGAAUGUAAAGAGGUCUGGGUGACCAACCAAGCUGAGUUUUGCCACAGAAUGAAAGACAAUACCUUUGUGGUCACAAGGAUUCUCAUUCAUUCAUUCAACCAUUUAUUCAAAAUGGAUGUACUCAUACCAUGGAUACAGUAAUCUGCAAGGUGGAUAUGUCUCUUGCCUUCAUGGGUCUUACAAUUUAAGGGAGACAAGCAAUAGUGUGAUAAGAACUAGGAUUCAGGAAGUCCAGACACCCUGGAAUAUUUAACCCAGGAUUGGGAAAUUGCCCCAUGGAGGAUGUGAUCCCAAUUAGAGACAGAAAGGGAACAUAGACUGGUCUACAUCCUGGCUUAGAGCCUUCCCCUCCCAGACAAUUCGAACAGAGCUCUGUGGGUUCAUCAUUCUCUCAGGUUUGGCCAAAAAUCACUGAACCACAGAUACCUAUCUGACCUAAAAUUCCAAAGAAAUGAUUUAUCAUGGGGAUCCAAAUUUCUAAUAAACAGAUCAUUCGCUGUUCACUCUCAGGGGCAUCUUUUUCCUGCCACUGAGCUCAGUGCUAAAUCCAAUUUUUAAUUAGUCUGGCAAUAGAAUCACUUUUGCUGGAAAGUUCAACAAAGUCAUGGUGAAUUCUGAAAUAUCAUCCAGGACUCAGAUGACAGAGUGCAUCAUUUAUAUAAAUGCCUGCACGUCUUUCAUUUCUUUCCCCUCCUCUGGUUAGUUCAGGACAUAUUUUGUCAUACUUUAAUUUACAAGCAGCCUAACACCUUUCUCUGUUUACACAGCCUUCCUUCUUACAUGUUAUGAUGCACUGAGAGGCCCUUCAACCAUACUCCAUUUGAGCAUUAGCGCAUCUCAAUUGUACCACUAGAGAUCAUGAACAUUGGAGGAUGCACAAACAAAAACUGGAUUCAAAUCUUUGUUCUGGCAUACAUUCACUGUGUGACAUCAUUAUAAAUUAUAAUCUGAUUUAAAUGGGUAAUAAUUACAACCAUAAAUGGUGCUUGACAGGAAUGAUUUUGAAAAGCAAAUGAAAAGCUUAAAGAUCAAUGCCUGGCAUAGGGUAGAUAGAGCAGCAUUUGGUACCUAUGAUUACUGUCAUUGCUAUGCCCCGUCCUCUCCUAUUCUUACUUCUACUGGCACUGUUAAUUUUCUCAUUCACAAUGUGCUCAGUUUUUACAUGUUAGGAUCUUAAUGGGAAACCUGGUUUCCAACUUGUAGGGGAACCUUACAUCUAAUGUACAUAUUGUUUAUGGAUGGGAGUUUGCUGGUAAAAGCAAGAAGUAAAUAUCAGUAAAAGUAAAUGGAAGAUUUUGGAAAAGAAUGAUAAAGGUCUAAAAUAUGGUAGGCUACAGGAAACAAAAAAAAAUGAAAUUGAGAGAAAAUAUCAUUUUCAGGAAGCCUAGAUUGUAGGUGAUAAGAUAAUAAAUAAAAUGAGAAUUAAAUGAAGGAAGAAGCAGCAGUGUUUUAUUCAAGUAAUUGUUGCACUUAUUUAGUACACUUUUUUUGUCUAAGAAUAUCUUUCAGGGAGUAACUCUGCUUUAAGUACAUUUAAAAUUUGCUCUUUGAGGUGGGGUAUGUUGGUAGACAGAUUCUCAGAGAGAGAGAGAGAAAAGAAGAAAAGAUAGAAAAAAGAAGAAACCCAGCCCUUAUUUGUAGCUUUUGCCAAUUUCCAUGGUGUAAGUACUUCCACCAUGAUCCUUUUCAAGAUACUUGAGGUCAGUGAAGGAAGAGUUGAAAAGAAAUUCACAGAACUGACUUUCUUGUGAGCUGGUACCAGCUGGCUCCAGCACACCUCUGCUUUUAAAUUGUCUUUAAAAGUGAAUGCCUAUAGCAUUGUAUUUUUAACAAUGACCACAAAAUGAGCCUUAAUCCCCAUGUUAGGAGUCUAAGUGGACUCAAUACAUAUUGUGUUACUGUCUCUUUAUGGGCCUUAAGGCUGCCUUUUAGGGGUUGCUCAUUUCCUCCUGAGUUCCAUGGCUUCAAUUACAGUUAAUUGUGGCCAUAAAAACUAUUAAUCAUUUGGCAAAGGCUACUUCUAUACGUGGGGAAAUCAAGAAAAAUAGAUUAACACAUUAGGCAGGUAAUAAUGGCUUUUCCAUUAUAAAAAUUUUAUUAGAAAUAGCAAAACAUAGCAUAUAACUAUCAACUCAUUAUUUAUAUUAACAUUAAGCAAAUUUUAAAAGAAUGUAAGCAGAGAGAUCCAAUUCAGCUCCUACUAAGCUGAAUUAGUAGUGAAUUAGAAUACCAUCUGAUUAUAAAUGUUGCUAUUAUUUCUCCUAAAUCUAACAUUUUUUUUCCCUUAAUCUCUUUAAAGAGAUUUCUUUUCCUUCUUUGGUGCUUUGGGUAUCGGAAAACCAAGGCCAUGACAGUUCUCUCUCUCUUUUUUCUUUUUUUACUACUGUAAAUGUCCUCAAUGCCUAUUCUAAACAGGUCUCUGGGAAGGCCUAAGGAUCUGUGGGAAUAUGGGACCCAGCCGAAGGGGAAAGUGGAUGCAAGUGGAUGCUGAAACGUCUAUGCACAAAGCUCUCAUCAGGCAAAUAAAAGUUGUCCCUUUCGUCUGCCAUCAAGGCAGUGGUGACAAGGGUGGGCCUCCCUAGCUUGCUCAGUAAGCAUGCUUCCUACCAUAAGGCACAGAAGAACUGGAGCAGGGACAACUAGGUGUUUUACUCCACCAGUGUAUCGAGUUGCUUCCCUAAAGGGGCUCUAAGGAGCAUCGACUAGGUUCACCAAGAGGUAUUUUUUGAAGAAAUUCUAGCAUAGAAGUGUUACUGGCUCUUAGUUAAUAUCAGCCUUGAUAUUGGUUCCCCUACAGUGAACCUGGCAUGUAUGGAGUUAAAACUAAGAACCCCACCAUCCUAGUUCCCUGGAUCUUUAGUUACACUCAUGUGUAAAUGUCUGUUUCUUUAACAUCUGACUCCCUGAGCUUUACAACCAAGAAGAAGUUACAAAUUGUUAAAGUCCAGAUGGCCUCAAACUGGGCUUCCACUAAAGUUGUAGCUAAUCCUAGGACCUUGAAGUUUUUUCACAGAGAAACUAAUGUCCAGAGAAUAUCAAGAAACUGAAGCUUCCCAGGCCCAACUCCUUGGCUUCCUGACGUCAGAGUCUACCUUCCACCAUGGAGAUCCGCAGCCAAGGACGCUCAUCUGAGCAAUCCUCUGUCUCCUCUGCUGGAAGCAGUCCCAGACACAGGCCGAUGGGAAAAUGCAGACCAAGAAGUCCACGGUCCCCCUCCCCUACCUAAAACCCCAAAUAAAAACCCCUACCCAUUUCUUAAUGGGGAGCAAGCAACUUUGGGGGCACAAGUCCUUACUUUGCUCCCUCUGCCUGGCAAGGUAAAGCUUUCCUUUUUCUCCCAAGACUCUGUUCUCGUUAUUUGGAUUGACGUUGAGAUCAGAGACCGAACUUUCAGGAACAGAAAUGUGCCUUCUCUCAUGGAGAUUCUAGUUAACUGCCCUUGGGAGCUGGUAUUGACAGGUCAGUAGAAAGUUAUUGGUUCUACCAAAACCCAAGCACUUUUGGGGUAAAUAUGGGACGCUGAGUCCCCAGAGAAUUUGUGCCAUGAGAGGCCUUGGGAGCUGUUGCAGCAGGGCCAGUGUGAAAUAAAUGCAGGGAGCUCGCGCUGAGGACGUGAACCAUGAGCUGCUUUUGGGGGCACAGAAGAUCCCUAGGAGGGAGUUCACUGUUCCCCAGACACCUCGAGGAACAAUCUUAGCGUUACUGUCCUCUUUGUAAAGGGCACCAGCUCUCAUCUGAUCUUUAAGAUCCAAAGGGAACAGGGAAAGUAUUGACUUUUUUUUCUUUCAUCAUGCUCUUUCUUAAGCUUAGACAAAAACUGUUUAAACUUAGGAAUCCUGGGGGUUCUGGUGCCUGAAAUCUUAUUGCAGAGGCUCAGCUCAUUCAGUCAGACAGGGGGAAUGACUAAGGUGCUUGUGCCCAGCAUGUCGGAAUUAGUUAGUGCUUAAUACUCUAGUGAGCGUUCAGCCUUCUCUAGGGGUGAAGUUUAAACAUUAAAGAGCCCUUUAAAAAAGAAUGCUUACACAUAACAUGUUUGGAAAGAAUAAUUGUCACUUCUAUUGCACGCUUACUUCCAGGUGCUUUGUUUAGGAAUCAGCACGCACUGUGAUCCCGUUCAGCCCUCACAAUCACAGUGAGACUGGGACCUUCAAUUUUGUUAUUUUUUAUUAUUAUGUCCAAAGUGAAGGUGGGAAAACUCAGUUUUAGAGGGAAUAUGUAUCGUACUCAAGGAUUUACAGCUAGGAAUUGACUUGAAUGCAAUUAUUUGAGACACCUAAGCGGCUAAUGUUUUGCUACAUCUGGUACUGAACACAUAUGUGUGUCAGAAGUUUAAGGAAAUUACCAAGUGGAUUACUCAGAGCAUUUAAAGUAUAUUAGAUUUCUUUAUUUUACUUGCGUUUUCAUCUGUCAACUUGUCUGUAUUGGGAUUUACACAUUUAUGAUAAAGUAAAAAAAGGACGGAAUUAUUAUCUGAGUAAAUCAGACCCACAGUAUAGUUUUCCUAUAAAUAGUUGACGAUUUGAAAUAAAUUUUUUAUUUUUGUUCUUUGUUUUCAGUUUUGCUUAUAUCUUUUUGUUUGGUUCAUUAUUUCUUGAAUGAGAAGGGAAAACCCAGUUUGUGUGUUCUGUGAUGUCAGCAGAUGUCUUCUAGUCCACAAGGGAAGAAGUGGAGGAAAGGCAGCGAAGGAUGAGUGAAGGGGCUUGAAAUGGAAGCUCAUCUGCAAACACAGUGGAUAUUUACAGUUUAAUAUCUUGGCAAACCCGUUUUGAGGAGCUGAUUUUGCAUUCCGCCAUCAGAGAGAAAAUCGAUCCUCUGUUCUUGCCUCAAGUCAGAUGUAGUUAGAUGAGAUGAAGCUGAUAUUUUUGGUCCGCGAAACUCACAUGAGCCAAAUGUUAACCAGCUAUUAAAAACUAAAAUAGGACAAAACAUUUUAUCUCCUCCCUGUUUUUGAAAUGACAGCCAGAGCAGAGCCACUCAGCUUCGCUCCAACAUUCUCCGCCUCUGGAGUGUUAGCUAAUUUACUUUAUUCUUUAAACCGUAUUUUCUACAGUAAGCACCUAUAAAAAGGAUUACCAUAAUUAUUUUUGCCUAUGGCAAAGUGUGAAGAACGCCCAAGCUUAUGUGGUACAGUUAUUUUUUUAGACAUGCAAACACAGCAGUUCCUUUUACAUUUGACUACCCAGCAAUUUCUGUAAUAUCUUCACAAUUAUAUAUUAUAUAAAUGCUUAUACUACAUAAUGAAUAUUUUUAUUUCUUGAUUCAAUUUUAUGGUAGGGAGACCAUAAUGGCAUUAAAAAUGUGGAAAAUUCCUCUUCCUUUUAAUGCCAUCUGGGUUUCUAUAAUAGGUGCCAAAUGGAUAUAUGAAUGCUAAAAAUUAUAUAAAAUUGCUUACUUAACUUCAAUCUUAUGUUCUUUAGAAGGAUUUGAUGUGUAAUUAGCAGGUCCAUUCUAUU